AUGCAGAAAACAAAACUGAAAGUUGGUAAAACCAAACCAAAGCCGUCAAAUUUUACAGACACCAGCUUUCGGUCCAAAGCUAUCGUUCUAAAUCAACAGUCUCUUACAACAUCCCCCCCGUCGGCAUCGGCACUAUUUACUCACAAUUUAUCUCUCCUAAAUUCAAAAUCGGAUUUGCAGCGCAAGGAUUCACUCUCUUACUUAACAACGGCAAUUGUUUCCCGUCCUGUCAGCUCCCCUCUUCCCCAACCUGUUAGUGUCAUACUUCCGUCUCUUACCACUUUGAUAUUGGACGGAAGCAAUGGGGUGCGUACUCAAUUGAUUAAGCUUCUAAAAUCACUUCCUCCACCAGACAUGGAAGGUCAUAUCUCACAGCUUCUACCUUACGUCCGUGCAGGCAUGACUCAUCUUGCAGCUGAUAUUCGGCUUUCCUCUGUUGAAAUCAUUUCAUGGCUGAUAGCUACUGCUGGCCGUGAGGUAGUCUCUGCUCCUGGUGGAUGGAUAAAAACGCUCAAUUGCUUUUUGUCCAUUUUGGGGUGGCACACCGAAGAAUCGACAAAGUGGUCAUUGAAUAAGGCUUCUUUUGGGAAGGCUGGCAGCGAUGGAAAGCCAAUGGUUCGGACGUUGCAAAUUCUGGCAGAAUUUUUAAGAUCAGGCAUUGGGCCUGCUGAGGACAACCCUGACCUCGAUGAAGGUGACCUGAUGUAUAGCAAAGACUGGGCUUUCCCUCUUACUCAGACUGACCAGCAUGUUUUACCGACAAAAUCCGCUCCUUUUGCUUAUCUCAACCUAUUUGGACAACCACAGAACGAAGAAGGCGAGAUGUAUGAAACUAGAGAAGACAGGUUUAGGGUCUUCAAGGAAAAGUUUCUAUCGGCUGUUGAACGUGGGGUGAAUUCCGCAAGGCAAGAAGGAGGUGAGGUUGGACGUGCGUCAGCAAGUUUGAAAAAGGUCCUACAUGAAGCUAUGACGUUGAAUGCAGGACUCUAG